GACGACUUGUAAGCUUCCACUUUCAAGUUAUAAUUUUCAUAAUUUGUGUAAGUUGUAAACGCAGAAAUAAUGUUUAACGGACACUUCGAAGCAGAUUUGCCAGUUACUGCUUAUAAAACAAAAACUAAAGAUACUGAACACAGUGUAUACUAAAGGGUUAACGAGAAAACGACAAUGCAGCAUAAUCUGAAAGUUAUCUUCGUUUCCGCCGAUGUAACUGCUUCCAUACUGUGGGCUUGCGCCUUCAAGAAGUUUGACAAAGUUGCUUAAGAACAGGCAAGAAACUAAAUUAUCCGUGACGACUACUUCGCAAAUUUCACUUUACAAAUCGGCCAUGAUGUCAGAACCCGACUCAAAAGUAGCUAAAGAUUUGACCAUUGUGAUGGAGACAACCAUGAAGAAGCUCCACAGCCAGCUUCAGACAUUAUCUGACCAGCUUGUCUCUAGAAUGGAUGAGAUGGGAACACGUAUAGAUAACCUGCAGAAGAAUGUUUCUGACUUCAUGACACAGGCAGGACUGGAAGGACAUCAGAGAGCCAAGUACUCUGCUGAAGGUGAGAGGUCACAUUCCAGUGCAAGCUGGUCAAAACACUGAAGAGACACACCAAAGAGGUUUCAGAACUUGGAAACAGCCUUAUCUAUGCAUAAGUGCUUCUUUGUUGAAAAUGAGAAAUAUCUUUAAUAAUAUGGGAAUAUAUAUAUAUAUAUAUAUUUUUCUACAUAAAUGUAUAAUAAAUAUUUUAUGAU